AUGAACAAAAUAGGCUUAUCAGAAGAUGAGCUUCGUCGAAUACUAGAAGAAACUGAUUUCAGUGAUUGUAAUAUAUCAGAUUAUGACUCUGACGACGAUCAUGCUUAUCAAGAGAAUGACAGUUAUCAACUUUAUUUGAGUAGUGAUGAAGAAACUGGGUCCAGUAAUUCUAUUAUUAAAGUGGUAAUAGAAAGGGGUGACGAUGUUAGUAGUCCAAGAAAGAAACAAAAGAUGUAUAACGAAGUAUGUCCUUCUAAUGCAGUAGAUGAUUUAGUAAUUGACAUUUACGUAGAGAACAAACCUGAUAAGCCAGUCGAAGAACAGUAUGAAAUAGGUGAGUUAUUAAACCAAUCUGAGGCUGAAACAGGUAGAAACAUUUCGGAUGUUUUGGAAGGUCGCACUAGUCCCACUAGGAAAAAUCUUCAACAUAACAAUAUUGCUAUUAUUCAAGACACUUGUGCUUCUUCAUCAACACAAUCGCAACCUGAACCCAGAGUAUCCGCAGUAAAAAAAAGAAGAGUGGAAAAAGUUCCUUCUGUGGCUAGUUCAAAAGAAUGGCAAACUUAUCAUGAAAAUAAGAAGAUCAAGCUUCUUGAAGAAAAACAGAAAAGAGCAGAAGAGAGACAAAAGAAGAGAGAAGAAAAAAACUUUGUUAAAAAACAGAAACUAAAGGUGAUGAAAAAAAAAGUAAGUAAGAAAAAGGAAGAAUCAUCAAGUGAUAAUAAUGAAUCAUGGGUUGAAUCUGGUAGCAGUCUGGAUGAUAUAUCUUUUGAAGUAGGUGAUUGCAGUGAUAAGGAUACUGAUCAUGUAAAUUAUAUGGAGGGGGAUUAUGUACUUUCAAAAUUCCCUGGAAAGAAAAAAGAAUAUAAAUUUGUAUGUGUAAUACAAAAAAAUUUUCAAUAA